GCCCCAGUGAAGAGCCGGGGAGCCCCCAGCAGCACAAACCCAAACAGAAGCUGAAGAAGAAGAGGCAGGAGCCCGGGCUGGAUCCCGAGGCCAAACCACGGCGGCCGCGGGUGAAGAAGCUGAGUGAGGCAGGGGCUGCAGAGGAGCCCCCAGCCCCGGCACAGGGGGUGAAGAAGGUGAGGAAGAAGAAGGAGGAGAAGGGGGAGGAGGAGAGCGACAAGGACCCCUCCUCCAAAUUCACCAAGGAGCCUCGGAAGAAGAAGGAAAGCCUGGCUCCCCGCUCCCAAGUGCCCAAGGGCUCCAAGAAACCCCAAGAGCCGGCUGAGGAUGAGGAGGAUGAGGAAGAGGAAGAAGAAGAGGUGGAGAAUAAAAACCCGCCGAAAAAGCUCAAGAAGAAGCUCCCCAAAGAGCCCCUCUCCGGCGGGGGGGAGAAGAAGCUGAAGACGAAGGAAGACAAGAGUGACCCUGACAGCAAAGCCAAACCUGCCAAAAGCACCAAGAAGGAGCCCAUGUCCGUGUUCCAGGUGAAGAAGGAGAAGAAAAGCAAGAAGAAAGCCGCCACCAGCAGUGAUGAGGAGGAUGAUUCCGACUCCAGCACCAAACCCAUUAGGUCAGAGAAGAAGAAAAACCCAGCAUCCCUCUUUCAGACUGGUGGGGACCCCCCAAAAGAGAGAAAAUCCAAAAAGAAAGUUCCUCCCAAAGGGGCUGAGAGUGAGGAGGAGACCCCAGAGACCCAGCAGAAAAACUCCAACAAGAAGGGGAAAGCCAAGAAAUCAAAGAAGCAGAAGGAGGAGAGGCCGCCGUCCCCUGCCAUCGAGGUGGACAACCUGGAGGAGUUCGUGCUGCAGCCGGCGCCGCAGGGCGUGACCGUCAAGUGCCGGGUGACACGGGACAAGAAGGGCAUGGACAGGGGGCUGUACCCCACCUACUACCUGCACUUGGACAACGACAAGAAGGUGUUCCUCCUCGCUGGGAGAAAGCGUAAGAAGAGCAAAACCUCCAACUACCUCAUCUCCAUCGACCCCACUGACCUGUCACGGGGCGGAGAGAACUUCAUUGGGAAGCUGAGAUCCAACCUGAUGGGGACGAGGUUCACCGUGUUCGACAACGGCGCCAACCCCGACAGAGCCAACGCUGACUGGUCCAACGUGCGGCAGGAGCUCUCGGCCGUGGUCUACGAGACCAACGUUUUAGGGUUCAAAGGCCCCCGGAAGAUGACUGUCAUCAUCCCUGGCAUGAAUGCUGACUGUGAGAGGGUGCCCAUCCGGCCCCGGAAUGACAACGACGGGCUCCUGAUGCGAUGGCAGAACAGGAACAUGGACAACGUGAUCGAGCUGCACAACAAAGCCCCAGUGUGGAACGACGAGACCCAGUCCUACGUCCUCAAUUUCCACGGCCGGGUCACCCACGCCUCCGUCAAAAACUUCCAGAUCGUGCACAGCAGUGACCCUGACUACAUCGUGAUGCAGUUUGGGCGGGUGGCGGACGACGCCUUCACCAUGGACUACAACUACCCCCUGUGCGCCCUGCAGGCCUUCGCCAUCGCCCUCUCCAGCUUCGAUGGGAAGCUGGCCUGCGAGUAGCACCGGGACCCCGGGGCUGCCGGGACCACCGGGACCACCGGGGCUGCUCCUGCAGCCCCGUCCUGUUCCGCUCCCUGCACUUCCACCUUCUUGCAGUCACGGCUGUUCCUGGCGUGCUUCAAGGCACCUGGUGCCCACCGAGUGCUGUGGGGUGAUCACCCAGCUGCAGCCACCCUGCCCCUCCAGGCAAAUUCGGGGCAAAUCGCUGGGCUGGGGUGAUGGCAGGGCCAGGCUGGAGGUGUAUUCAUAUUCAGCAGAUGAGGCUGACUGCAAUCCCUGUCUCAUCCCGUUGGACUCAGAUCCCGGAAAUUCAUCCACCCUCCCCCCGCUUUUUUUUUUUCUUCUUUUGGGUUUUUUUUUUUUGG